AUGGAGAAGGGACGCGGCUCGGGGGCCCAGCCGCCGUCGUCGCCUCCGCCGCGGAGGUUCAGCAAGCCAUGGUUGCUUGUCGGCGCGCUCGCUCUGAUCGGACUUGGUCAUAUACACUCUCCCCAGCCUCAAUUGGAAGCAUGGCAGCGUCACGGGGGAGGCCACAGCCGCACGCAUAGCUCGAAAUCUGUAGCAGACUCCCCCUUCGGCCAGUUUCCUCUUCCCAAGGACCCUUUCCGCUUCAUCCCUUGCACCAACGCGUCUGUUCCCCCGCCGCUCGACGACACUCACCCCGAGCAGACCUGGGUGACGCUGUUCGACCCCGACCCAUCCAAUUGGAGCUGGGGCAACAAGAGCGACUCUGUCGACUUGGAUGACGACCCUUACGCCGGCCGAGGCAUCUACCUCUGCGGCUACUUGGACGUGCCUCUUGACUAUACCAACGCGUCAGAAAGCCGAAUCGUCCGGCUUGCCGUUACAAAGUAUCAGGUCUCCGGGUUGGCGCGCGUCGGCGAGCCCGCCGAUGACGACCAGAACCCGGUGCCCGGCGCCAAGAGCAAGCGCACCAUCGUCAUUGAGCCCGGCGGACCGGGCAGUAGCGGAACCUCGUACGCGUGGAGGGCCGCGGAGCAGGUCACCAAGCGUUUCAGUGACAGUACCUUUGACGUCCUGGGCUGGGAUCCGAGAGGAGUCAACAUCACCCAACCGUCCAUCUCCUGCUUCCCUUACGACGUCGACCGUGACCAUUGGUCGCUCGCGACUGGGCAGUACUUGGAGGUGUCCGAUGUCAAGCGCCAGCUCAACGUCGCGGAUGCCAUGAACGACGCGACGUUGAAGGCCUGCUGGGAGCUCCACGGGGACUUGGGUCGUUUCCUUGGCACCGGCCUCGUCGCGCGUGACAUGGAGGAGAUCAGGAAGGCGCUCGGCGAGGACGAAUUGACAGGCUACCUCGUCAGUUAUGGCACCGGCAUCGGGCAGACGUAUGCGAACCUGUUCCCGGACAGCGUCGGCCGCAUCAUCUUGGACGGAACCGAGUACGUGCGUGAUCACCGUCUGCUCGGUGGUUUCGGGUGGACUGCUCUUGACAACGCCACGGACGCGUGGCACGAUGGUUUCCUCGGCGAAUGCAUCAACGCCGGGCCGGAGCACUGCGCGCUAGCCAAGUCCGAAGACGACCAGCCGGUCGUUCUCGAGGACCUGAACAUCCGGAUGAGGUCGCUGAUAUCCUCGCUCAUCGAUCGUCCCGUCGUUGGAUACACGAAAGCAUCCGGCCCGUCCAUCGUCACCUAUUCGGGCCUCGUGGGCGGCCUUUACAGCUCCAUGUACAACGCCGCAAGCUGGCCGGCCCUCGCCAAGAUGCUGUACGAGCUGGAACAGGGCAACUCGACGCUGGCGACCGCGUUCCUCGAACGCAUGUCCUGGCAGUACGACCCCACACUACUGGCCACGACCAAAAAGCGGCCUUCGUCGGAUGAGCUCGGCACCUUGGUGGUCUGCGCCGACUCGUACGACGCGCCCCUACCCCCCGACGGCCUGGACUGGUGGGCGUCGCUCUGGGCUAACAUGACGGCAAAGUCAUGGAUCUCGGGCAACUCGCGCUUCUUCAACGUCCUGCCGUGCCAGCACUUCACAAAGUACUGGCCAGAGCCCGCGGGAGUCUACAGGGGCGACCUCAACCACACCCUCAAGAACCCGGUCCUCCUCAUCGCCGAGACGUACGACCCGGCGACGCCGCUGCGCAACGGCCGCAGGCUACUGGACGAGAUGGGACGGAACGCGAGGCUGAUUGUCCACCACGGCUACGGCCACUCGUCCAGGGACACGUCCAACUGCACCGACUCGAUCGCCAAGACGUACAUCCUCGAAGGGGAGCUGCCCGACGAGGCCGAGACGGCGUGCUACGCCAACGAGAAGCCGUAUCUGUACGGCGUCAAGGACAAGGGCGUCAGCGUGCUGGCCGAGGGGGCCAUGGAUCCUAUUGACGUGUGGCGUCAACACCUGCGCGAGAUGGCUUUCAUGAAGUGA